CAGUGUUCUGCGAAAAAUGACGCUAGCGAGACGAUGGCAGUUACGGAGAAGAAUGAGAGGGGACUGAAAUGUACAGCUGGCAUUUAGUUGGCCACUGUUUAAAGGACGUUUUAUACAGACAUUUACAUAUAUCGAGAGCCUUCAUGAAGAGCCCCAAGUUAUUAGCAUCAUUAUUAUGUCGGAGGGAGCAGCCCGGUGCUCGCUGUACACAUUCCGUCUAUUUAUUCCAUUCUGAAGCAGGAAUUCAGAUAGAAGACUUCCAAAUAGAGAGAUAGAUUAGCUCAACCUGCCGAGUAUGUUUUCAUAAGACGACGGCUUCUGUGAUUUUCACUCGGUCACAUCAGAUAGCUUUUUUUUGUGGAGAAACACUGUCAGGAUACGCCACACCAACGCAAUGUAUAAUACAGUUUGGACAAUGGAAAAAGCCGGUGAGGAAGCAGCCUGGAGGGACGUGAUGAUGCCCUACUCCACCGAGCUCAUCUUUUAUCUGGAAAUGGACCAGCCGCCAGCACUUCCUCCAAAACCAGCAAAGCCCCAGCAGCCCUCCUUAGUUGGGGUGGGAGGGGCCAGCAGCAACGGCACCAAGGAUGGAGGAGCGGCAGGCUUACUGCAAGAGGCUGAAUGGUACUGGGGGGACAUAUCCAGGGAGGAGGUGAAUGACAAACUCAGAGACAUGCCUGAUGGGACCUUUCUGGUUCGGGAUGCUUCAACCAAGAUGCAAGGCGACUAUACACUUACACUAAGGAAAGGGGGCAACAACAAGCUUAUAAAGAUCUACCACAGAGACGGAAAGUACGGAUUCUCAGACCCCCUUACAUUCAGCUCAGUGGUAGAGCUCAUCAGCCACUACAGACAUGAGUCUCUUGCUCAAUACAAUACCAAGCUGGAUGUCAAACUUAUGUACCCCAUCUCCCGUUUUCAGCAGGACCAACUGGUGAAAGAGGACAAUAUUGAUGCUGUGGGGAAGAAGUUGCAGGAAUACCACAAUCAAUACCAGGAGAAAAGCAAAGACUAUGACAGACUGUAUGAAGAAUACACCAAGACAUCACAGGAGAUCCAGAUGAAGCGUACAGCCAUCGAAGCUUUCAACGAGACGAUCAAGAUCUUUGAGGAGCAGUGCCACACGCAGGAACAGUACAGCAAGGACUACAUCGAGCGCUUCCGUCGUGAGGGUAAUGACAAGGAGAUCGAGCGGAUCAUGAUGAAUUAUGAAAAGCUCAAAUCGCGUCUUGGCGAGAUUCACGGCAGCAAGGUGCGGCUGGAGCAGGACUUGAAGACGCAAGCGAUGGACAACCGUGAGACGGACAAAAAGAUGAACAGCCUGAAGCCUGAUCUCAUACAGCUCCGCAAGAUCAGGGACCAGUAUCUAAUCUGGCUCAAUCACAAAGGAGUUCGCCAGAAACGAAUUAACGACUGGCUGGGAAUCAAAAAUGAGAACACUGACCAAGGCUACUUUGUGAGUGAGGAAGAUGAGAACUUGCCUCACUAUGAUGAGAAGAGCUGGUUCGUUGGGGAUCUGAACAGGACGCAAGCAGAGGAGCUCCUCCUUGGCAAGCCCGACGGAGCGUUUCUAAUACGAGAAAGCAGCAAAAAGGGCUGCUAUGCCUGCUCCGUAGUUGUUGAAGGUGAGGUGAAGCACUGCGUCAUCUUCAGCACACCACGUGGCUUUGGCUUUGCUGAGCCCUAUAACCUCUACAGCAGCCUGAAGGACCUUGUUCUUCACUAUCACCACACCUCCCUGGUGCAGCACAAUGACUCGCUCAAUGUGCGCCUCGCCUACCCAGUCCACGCACAGAUACCCUCAGGACAUAGAUGAACCACAACCACCAGUACUGGGACAGUGAAGGAAGGUGGGGGGUGGGAUUGUUUGAAGUGCAAAACAACCCCAAACACUGACCUGAUAAAGAUAGAUAUAAAUUUAACACUUGCUGCAACACACAUGUCAGCCAGCUUGGAGUUAUAUAUUUUUACAUGAACAAUUUCAGAGGGCAUUCUUUCUAAAGACUGCUUGAUUUGCACAAUGAAGUUAUAAAUGUUUGUGAAUGUGAAAAGGAAGUGACCGCAGGAUGAAAGGAAAUGAAGUAGGAGACUUCAGAGUUUCAGGUUGACCCCGCUGCUACCUAAAUAUUAGCUCAGACUUUUUACCAGAAACUCAAAACACGACAGGAAUGAUGACGAAGACAACAACAAAUCAUUCCCAUCUUAAAUCUUUUGGUUUGUUUCUGUCAUGUUCUUUUCUCAUUUUCACCUCAGAUAUUACAAUGUUUAUGUUUUGGAGUCGUUUUCAUGUUUCACAUAUUUGCCUUUGUUUUCUCUUAGACUUGCUUGUGGUAGUUACAAGAGGAGAUGAUAAUGUCUUGUAUCUGUUUUUCGUUCCUCUCUGUACGUAAAUAUAAAAUAAUGUAGCAUUACGAAACAACAACACCUAAUGUCUAGGUGUUCUCUCAUGCAGACUGCUGCUUUGGGGGGUUUGGGGGAGUUGAAUGGGGGAGGGAGCACACAAAUGACACAAAGGUUUUGUAGUCUUAGGAACAGCAAAGGGGUUGAUUUAGUAACCCACUAACCGUGGAGUGUUUACAUUAUUUUUGCUUUUGCUGGAACAUAGUUUUUGGGGGGUUUUUUGCCUCUGUGUAUAUGGCAACAUCACAGAUCCAAACCAGAGACCAAAGUUGGUGGGGGGUGGGGGGCACACACAUAAAGACCAUGUGCUUGUGCACCAAAUAGGCUUUUUUUUUUUUUUUGAAAACCAAAUGGUACAUAAACAGAACCACCAUGACUAUCUUAAUACAGAUGGUCAAUUAAGAAGCACUUAAAUGAGCUCCACUUGUUAACAGUUAAUGAACGGAAGAAUCAUUUGUGAGAAAAAAUGGCACACAUAAUUUAUUCACUGAUGUGUGGUGGAUCAAAGCAGGUAUUUUGAUGAUUACACAUGGUUUGUAAAGUUUUGGGGAAAUUUUGCAAACCGCUGAGUGAUCAGAGAAAAGAAUCAUUAGGUGUAGCCCUCGUCAGAAAAAAGUUUUUACCCAUUUCCCGGCAGAAGGGAGGCAUCUUUAAAAGUCUUCUUGAGAUCUAACGUGUAACCAAAAUGAUAAAAUAAUGUUCUACAGACUACUGUCCACUCUGCAUAUCUGAGAUAGAUUUGCCUUACAAGCUGUGGAAAGGCUGAGGUGAAAAACGCUGCAGAGAAGAAAAGGUUUUAAAUGAUCAUUUCACGAAAGUCAUCCUCUGGACGAAAAGCAGGACAACAAAAUCUGACAACACUUGACACCUAUUAAUUCAGUUCAAUUCAAUUUUAUUUAUAUAGCGCCAAUUACAGUCAAAUUGUCUCGAGACACUUUCCAGGACCCAUAUGCCUGACCUCCAGAGCAAGCCAAAAGGUGACAGUGGCAAGGAAAACACCCUUUUAACAGGGAAAAAAACCUUGAGCAGAACCCGGCUCUAAUGUGGGGGGACCCAUCUGCCUGCUGGCCGGGCGGGUUGAGAGGGACAGAAGAGGUAGAGAGGUAGAGAUAGAGGGAUGGAGGUAGAGGGGUAGAGAUAGAGGGGUAGAGAUAGAGGGUUACAGGUGGAGAGGUGGGGGGGGACACAAGGACCAUAAAACACACAGUUUAAAACAUGCAUGAUAAGACAGAUGAUACAUGCAAAGUACAACUGACAUGGAAACUAUAACGUGUGUGUUUUCUUUUUUUUUUAAAGUGGCUUACACGUUACAUGGCUAAGUUGAAAAACUGAGACGGUUUGUGUUUUUGUCAUAAAUAUUCUGAAAUAAUAAGCUUUGAUUAAAUAUUUUAUGUGAAACAGAGUAGUUGGGCAGAUUCAGUGUUCAGAGCUGAAGAUACAGGCUUUAGAAGAAAUCCUGAAAGUUUGAAAGAACAUCCAAUGUUUUUGUCAUUCAACAGAAAGUGAGAUGCACUAAAGUGAAGUCAUCAAAGUGCACAGUCAAGCUUUUAGAGUGAAUUUCAGUUUGAUUGCUGAUAAUUUUCUCUUUUUAUUCAGUUGUUAACACUUCUUACACAGUGCUUGACUUUAUAACAAGUGGAAGCAUUUUCUGUCAAAGACUUGGGAGCAUCACACAAUAAAAUAAUGAAUCCAAAAAGUGAAAAGAACAGCGUUUCUCUAUUGGCUGUUGGUGUAGGAGUAGGGGUUUAUGGCAAACAAAGGCAGCUGUUCUCAGUUCUCCCCACAACUUCUAAAAAAUCAGAUACAGAGUGGUUUGCAUUGGUUUGUUAAAAAAAAAAAAAAAAAAGAUGAGACAGUGGUAGUUAUAGGGUCAAACAGAGCACCACCACCACUACCCCACCACCCACCCUACCACCCAUCAUCUGUGAUGUAUUGCCAGUAAGAUGUAUGGGCCACAAACAAUUGAUCAUGCCGACACUGUGAUGGAGCUUGAAGAACGAAUUGGUUAGUUGUCAAUGAUUAUUCGCCAACUAUUUUGAUGAACUAUUCAUUGUUUUGAGUAAUUUUGUACGACAGAAUAGUCUAAGUACCAUAAUUGCAACUUUUUAAAUGUGUCUUUUUUAUAGUCUCUUUCCUCCUCUGUGAUGGUAAACUAAAUAUCUUUUGCUUUGGACAUCUUCAGGGAUGUCCUCUUGGGCUUUCACUUUUUUUCCCUGAAAUUUUAGAAAUGAAGUAGCUAAUUGAUUAAUAGAGGAAAUAAAUGACAGCCUAAUCAACAAUUAAAAUAGUUGCAGCGCUACACUGUGGUUUGUCUGAAAGAGUGUCAGGUUUUAAGAAGAGCUUCAUUGUUUGAGUAGCUGCAAAGGAACAACUGUAAGUGAAUGACAAAAUGUUGGUUGUGCCAUGUGUUCAUCUAUACCCAUCUCAAGGGUUUAGGUGAGGUCAGGUUUGUGUAGCUGAAAGCCAUUGAUUAUUAACGGUUUUCCUUUUCCGUCAUGCAAAUAUUCUUCAGUCGGUAUAACAAGAUUGUGUAUUUACAGUCCAUUACACAAUAGGCAAAAAUCAGUUGAAACAUGCAGUACCUUCUGUGGCUGCAGAUGUUUGUGCUGUUGAGGCUUCCGAUGCUGUUGCGAAUUUUGCAUAUUGCAGUUUUACAGCUACUCUUCUUCAGCUACUCUCUAUGUUACAGAUUGCACAUAGGAUUGGCUCAAAGUUUCAGAGUAAAUUUGUUAAUAAGACUUUAGCUUUUAGUUUUUUUGCAGAUAUCAAGUUCAGUGUUUCUGUCUAGUAUAUCACAUCAACACCUAUACCGCAAUCUAUUGUGGUUAUUGGUAGGAUCUUGGAAGAAUUAGCAGUUAUGCUGUAGUAAGUCAUUGCAAAGCAUUUGCAGAUUUGGCCUUUAUGUCAGACAUCCUUUAAAAUGAGUAUCUGAAUUGGGACACAGCCUUUAAAAGGUCUGUAUCCUCUAUCUUACAUGAGUUACAGGAAGUCUUUUUUUUUUUGCAAAGGGCAGAAACACAGAUUUUAGCAAUGUAAUAUUGUUGAAUGUUAAAAAAGGAUCGGUACAGGUCCAAAGCCAACAUUUUUUAAUUUUUAGACUCACCACAGACAUGUUCAUCCAAAACAGACACAAGAUAAUUGUUACUCUCAAGGUGCUAUGGGAAAUGCAUGUUCAUUCAAUUAAUUUCAUUUCUCCAUAACAAAAUUUCUGAUCAUUAACGCUCAGGUGUUUUCAAGUUUACCAUAGAAACUACCACACAACAUAGCCAGCAAUUUGAAACAAAAAAGAAGUAAAUCAGUUUUUUUUCUGCAUUGAUACUUAGCUGCUACAUUGAUUCUUAUUGAUUAAGCUAGAUCCCCAUGACUUGGACAUUUUUAGUGUCCUGACUUCAAGAGGCUUUGUCCCUCAUGACUUCUUAUAGUGUAGUCCCAGAAUUAUCAAUCAGAGGAUGUCUUUUUUUAAGCAGUUUUGUUUUUUGGAUAGGGCACUCAAAAAUUCCCAAACUCUAUUACUUGAACUAUAUUGCAUUGCUCGCCGUUGAAUGUGUUUAUAUAAAAAUAUACAUUUAUUAAGAAAACAACAAAAACAGAAGAGUUCACUUUUAUUUUAUGGUGAGCAGGGCCAAGGUUUUCAAAGUUUUAUGACAGAUGUACAGUACAGUAUUUGUUACAGGCAAACGUAGAGCUACUUUAGGAGGGAAGUAGGUGCUUUUUGAAACUUUCUCAGAGAAAUGUUUGGAUCUUCUGCACAGAGGGCUGAUCUUAAAUUGCACACAUUUACCUGUGAUGUCCGCAUAUGCAUCCUUAGUCACAUUCACACGGAGAUGUCCAUAUCUAUAAUAUAUAUCUACAUAUAUAAAGCUAAAAGAUUAACAGUUUGAAGGGUUCUCUCGAGUCAUAGUCGUUCAUUGAACUUUUUCGCCCCCCAAAAAUAUUUUGGACCAAAGAUUUGAGUUUUUGUUUAACUUUCGGUUGUUGAUUAGAAAAAGAUGUUUCAGUGAUGUUUUUUAUAUCUUCAUUGUCUUGAUAUUAGAAGAUAAAACCAUGUUGUAUAAAUGAGCAUCCCAUAAAGAGGAUCCAUCUUUAAAAUCCUUGUUCAAUAUACCUCAGUGGUAAAAUAUAUCAGAUUUAACUUCAUCCCAACUCUUCAGUUUGUGUGCUAGUGCCAUACAAUAUCUUCUGUUAAGGGUUUAUCAAUAAAAUGACCCAAAGUCCCGGAGUCCCAGCUUUGGUGCUAACACUAUGUCAUAUAUUUGCACAUGAUGACCAUCGCUAGAGCUUAGUGUAACAAUUUUUUUUCUUGCUGAAAAAUGUCCUGCAGAAGUUUCAAAAACAUACCUAGAGUAGGUUUCUUUAACCUGACGAUGAAUUAUAAACAUUUUAAAUGUAGUAUCCCAUGCACACAAGAAAGAAAGCCCCAAAAACAAAAAGUUACAAAAACAUGAUUCUGUAAAUAUACUUUUGAAGGACUUAAGGGGCUGGAGAGAAAUGAGAGAGAUAGAUAUUUUGUUCCAAAAAUAUAAGAUCAGCAAGGUUUAGUAUAAUCAAUAACUGUGCAGAAUAUGUGGAUAUAGUUUAUUGGAUUUCCAGGGGCACUGUGCAUUUUACAGCAGUUAGGGUUAAAUUUGAUACCAAUUUGAUUAGAUUUUCCUUCACUCCCUGUCAUCAUAUGAUUUGAUUUGAAUUAUGUAUAAUAAUGUGUAUAUAUCCCUGAUAUAAAGUCAUUUUUCGUUAAAUUUAAAUUCAACACAUAAAAUCUGAGAUUUCUGCAGGGGUAUUUUAUGACUUACUCUGCCACAACAUGCAAUGUUUUGUCAGUCAGGGCUUUGUGAUGGGAGGGGACUUUUGGGGGGGCAGGUCCAUUAAACCCAGAGUGCAGUUCUUUCUGAAAGGGUGGGAUUUCUCUUGUAGCAGUUGAAUUGGGUUAACGUGACAUACCAAAAAGCUUUCUACUGACUGUUUAGUUGAGUUUUCAUUACAGAAAACUCAAACUCAAAUAACACUAGGAAGCAAACUAAGGGUUUCCCCUCAGAAAAUAAAGUGAAAUUUGAUUUAAACAGAGGUACAGUCUCACUGAAAACCCUACCUUUUACUGUUACCGUUUAUUCUGAAUGUUUGUACUUACCCCCAUCCCAGGACUGUUAAAAUAGCAACUGUCUGUUGUUUCUCUUCUAUUAGUAUUACUAUUGCUUACUUUCAAGCAAUACUGCAAAGUUUUAUUUGCAGCCACAUUUCAGAUUCUAACAGAAGAGGCGUGUUGUGUUCCUACCACUGUUUAUCUGAUCACAGUAUCCAGCACAGCUUUCAGGGGGUAUUUGAGGGUUUAUCUAUAUCUGUCAAUCUAUCUAUCUAUAUAUACAUAUAUAUAUCUAAUUAUCUAUAUAUAGAUAUAUAUAGAUAUACACACACACCUUUUAACAUUUUUUUUCCAAUGUAUAUGUACCACCACCCUUCUUCCCUACCCCUUUUUGACAUACGUACAGAUCCAGCAUGCAUAUUUGGUAUUCUUGACUGUUGUUUUUUUGUGUAUAAAAAAAUGUCUUUAAAAAAGAAUUGUUGUUUAUCUGUUCAUGGUGUACUCAGAUCUAAAUUUAAGAUAACAAAUGUACCAUCACUGCAAACAACCGAAACAAGUUCUAGUCCUUUUUCUGUCAGUUGUAUCAUGCUAUAAAACCAUGGAAUACUGAGGAAGUGGAGCAAAAAUAUAUGCUUACUGUUGGUAGUAAGUUGUCUUGCAGCCAUGUGCACAAAGCUUUUUAACUACCUGCUCCCGGAUAAGACCAUUAAAUUGUUGUCUCUUGUUUAUACCAGCCCAGAGUUCAAGUGGUGGCCUGCUUAUUGUUCAACAGCACAAAUUUCUGUGUCAAGUUCACCUAAUUUCAUUCUGAUGUAAAAUUACUAUCCUCCAACAGAUUUAUUCAGAUUAUUUGAAUUUGGUAGAACAUUUUGAAUCGACUGAUGUUGCGGUGGAUAUGUCAAAACCCCACACUGUUCAAAAUGUGAAAAACAAAAUUCAGACUGUAACACACUGAUUCACAUACCUACAAAGAACCACUAAGACAAAAACCUAUCCAGCUGUUAGACUGACAAAAACUGGUCUUUUUCUCAUUUAAGCCUGCUUCAGGUUCCUCUCGGUAUUCUCUCUCUUGAAAUAGUUUCUCUGGUGGUUAAUCUAUCUCAGUACACAUUGCUUUGUCCAAUCAGUUGCAAUAGUUCAGUGAUUGUAGAUUCUUCGUUUGUUUAUGAGGUUAAUCUAUGUACGUUUGUUUAUCAGUGAACGUUCACUAGAAUUCUUUCUCUUGCAGAAUAAAGAAAAUAUUUUGUUCAAAUACAAAAA